AUGGCUCUUGUGAGAGCAGCCGAUCCACAAACCUCCUCUGUUUCCAGUACUUCUGGAUAUUGUCGUUAUCACGUGUUCCUGAGUUUCAGAGGCCAAGACACUCGCAAGACUUUCACUGACCACCUCUACACGGCCCUUGUCAACGCCGGAUUUCGCACUUUCCGAGACUACGAUGAAGUCGAGAGAGGAGAAGGUAUCAAGCCCGAACUGCAGAAAGCAAUCAAACACUCACGAACUUCUGUCAUUGUGUUCUCGAAAGACUACGCGUCAUCCAGAUGGUGCCUUGACGAGCUGGUGAUGAUCCUUGAACGCAAGAGAAAGACCUCAGAUGACCAUGUCGUUUUGCCUGUCUUCUACGAUGUGUAUCCAUCCCAUGUAAAGAAGCAGACAGGAAGUCUUGCAAAGGCAUUUGCUAGACACCAAAAAACUCAACCGCUGCCGAAGGUGAAGGCAUGGAGAGAGGCACUUGCAGAGGUUGCAGAUCUGGCAGGGAUGGUCUUGCAAAAUCAAGCUCAUGGGUACGAGUCAAAGUUUAUCAAGAAAAUAGUUAAAGUGAUUGGAGACAAACUAAGUCGCACACCAUUGAGUGUUGCUCCCAACUUGGUUGGAAUGCAUUCUCGAGUCGAAAGAAUUAAUUUCUGGUUACAACGCAGGUCAACUGAUGUUGGCAUACUUGUAAUCUAUGGGAUGAGUGGAAUAGGGAAAACAACCAUCGCAAAGACUGUUUACAAUUCAAACUUUAGAAUAUUUGAAGGAAGCAGCUUCCUUGAAAAUAUCAAAGAAGUUUCAGAUCAACCCAAUGGCUUAGUUCAAAUACAAACACAACUUCUUUCUGAUAUUUGA